AUGGCGACCUCUGUACCGAUUCUGCGUAGGGAAAUCAACCCGCUGCGUGAAGGCGCCACUGCCGUGACGGCCCAAUCCGAUGUUCCCAUCGUGCAUCCCCUUCAGGCUCGUGAGCUCAACUUCGCCAAGAACGAAGUGCAGUUCAAGAGAGUGGCCUUGCAGAACGUGUACGGUUCGCAUCUGUCCAUGAGGCUCCAGAUGGAGGAGAGCAUUCUGUCCAAUUUCCAGCGACUCCCCACCCUCAAGAGCGAAUUUGUGGGUUUGUCCACCAGCCUGGGACUUGACGAAGAGAUUGGCUUCAGCGACUUCCUCAGGGAUCCUUCGGCUCCCGAGUCUGCCAUCGAUCUGCACGAGGUGAUGGAGCACCGUCUUGGUUUGUAA